CUGGCUGUCACCGCUGCCACUGGCAUCGCUGCGUGCAAUAUCGGUGGGACGACGAUACACUCUUGGAGUGGCUACAACAAGUUCGACAAGGAUCUCGCUAACAAACUUAUUGGGCAGAGAAAGAAACUCCGGCAGACGCUGGAUCGGUGGGAGCAGGUCGACACGUUAAUUAUUGACGAGAGU